GAGAUUUUGCAGCUUUGCUAAUAAUUCAGAUAAGCCAAAAUUAGUGUGUUGAUAAUUAAGAAAGAUGGGAAUAAAGUUAUGGGUAAUGUUAGUGAUGAUUGUGCUUUCAUUACUAAAUGGAUGGUAUUGUUUAGGGUGUUGGGAGGAAGAGAGGGUUGCUCUUUUGCACCUCAAAGCAAAUAUAAACUUUCCAAAUGGAGAGUCGCUGCCUUCAUGGGUUGUUAAUGAGAUUGGAACUGACUGUUGUCAAUGGCAAGAUGUUGAAUGCAGUACAACUCGACGAGUAAUCCAACUUAAUCUGGAUUUUGCUAGGCCUUCGAAAUUAGGAGAUUGGUAUUUUAAUGCCUCUCUAUUUCUUCCCUUUCAAGAGCUCAAAAAUCUCUCUUUGUCAGGGAAUCAAUUAGUAGGUUAGAUUGAGAAUGAAGGUAUAGAUAGAUUGUCAAAGUUGAGAAAUUUGGAGGCCCUUGAUAUGGGUGACAAUUUUUUUGAUCACAAAAUUUUGUCAUCUCUUAGUCAACUUUCUUCUCUAAAGCAUUUGGGACUUCGAGGCAGCUUUAUAGAGAGAGAAAACUAUAGCAACAGUCGUGAAAGACUUUUUGGAUUAUCCAAUCUAGAAGUUCUUGAUUUUGGGCUUAAUAAUUGGUUUAGAGAUUACAACAUUCAAUCGAUGCUAAAUCUGAAUGAUUUUAUCAAUUUGAAGGAACUCGACCUAAGUGAAAAUGAACUUAUAAGCUUGGGUACCAUUUAUGAUCUAAAAAAUUUGACGGUCCUUAAUAUACAAUCAAAUUGCUUCAAUAAUAGCAUUUUCUCCUCACUUCACGGGCUAUCAUCACUUAAGUCUCUAGAUCUCUCUCACAAUAAACUAAAAGGGACCAUCCAAAUGAAAGAUUUACAUGCUUUGAGUAAUUUGGAGGAGCUCGAUCUAAGUGGUAAUGAGGUCGAAUACUUCACAACUCCAACAGGCGUCAAAAGUUUGCAUCAUCUCCAAGUGCUAAAAUUAAAUUCCAUAAGUGUCUCCAACAUUAGCAACAUGCUGCAAUCUUUGAGUACAUUCUCAUACCUCAAGCACUUCUAUUUUCAGAACAAUUAUGGAAACGGAAGCGUUAAAUCUUAUGAGCUGAGACAUUUAAGAUGGCUGGAGGGAUUGUUCUUGGAUAAUUCCAAUGUAGAUUGGAACUUUCUACAAAGUAUUGGAGCCCUAACUUCCCUGAAGAUUUUAUGUUUGUCCAGAUGCAGACUCAAUGGCACCCUUCCCAUUCAAGGGUUGUGUGAACUUAAAAACCUCCAAGAGUUAGAUCUUAGUUGGAAUGAGCACAAAGGAAUAUUUCCUUCAUGUGUUGCAAACAUGACAUUUCUUAGAGUGAUUGAACUCUCACACAAUACUUUCACCGGAAAUAUUGCCUCCCCUCCACUUUCAAAACUCACGUCGCUUGAAUAUCUCUCCCUCUCAAGUAACAACUUCCAAGUUCCAAUUUCUUUCAAGGCAUUCUUUAAUCAUUCAAACUUGAAGUUUUUAUUUUUGGAAAACAAUGAAGUUAUAGAUGACACCGAGUCAGGAAAUUUGUUUCCCAAUAUUCAACUAGAGGUUUUUAGUAUGCCGAAUUCGAGAGGUCGUCCAUCACUGCCCAACUUCCUUUACUAUCAAUCCAAUUUGAGAAUUCUCGAUCUCCCAAAUAACAACAUAGGACCGAAUUUUCCAUCUUGGUUGUUGGAGAACAACACAAGACUUAGGGGACUAUUCCUGAGGGAUAAUGCUUUUACAGGACCCCUGAAGUUGCCACCAACAAGCACCAUUCCCAACAUGGAGACUUUUGAUGUAUCCAAUAACAAGUUCAAUGGGCAUGUUCCAACUAAUAUAACUUCAAUUUUUCCAAACUUGGUUGCAUUAAACAUGUCAACAAAUAUGUUUGACGGUUGUUUACCUUCUAGUUUCGGUGACUUGAAAUCUAUAAAAUAUAUAGACUUGUCCAAUAAUAACUUGUCCGGCACAAUACCGCAAAAAUUAGUUAUGGGAUGCUUUUCUUUGAAAUAUCUCAAACUAUCAGAUAAUAAAUUGCAAGGACAAAUAUUUCCAGAAUCUAUCAACCUGCUGGACUUGGAAUAUUUAUAUCUGGAUAACAAUGAGUUCUCAGGCACCAUUCCAAAGAGCUUGUCUACCAUCCCUCUUCUAGUGUUAGACGUUAGUAACAACAGUUUGUCAGGAAGAAUUCCUACAUCAGUGACUAAUAUGACAACAAUAAAUCAAAUUUCUUUGUCGAAGAACCAGCUUGAGGGUCCAAUUCCAGAGGAAAUUUGCAAUCUCGGUGAUCUUAACCUCUUAGAUUUAUCUGAGAACAAAUUAUGUGGUUCAGUCCCAUCUUGCUUCAAUCUAUCAUACAUACGACACAUCUAUCUGAACAAUAACCAAUUGGAAGGUGAGCUUACAUAUGCAUUUUAUAAUAGCUCUUAUUUGGUGUCAUUGGAUCUUAGAUGGAAUAAGUUCACUGGAAGUAUCCCUCAAUGGCUUGGCGAUCAGUCGAGCCUGAGCAUUAUCCUUCUCAGAGGUAACCAUUUUGAAGGCACAAUCCCUCACCAAUUUUGUGAGAUGAAUGAACUAAGCAUGAUAGACCUUUCUUUUAAUUUUCUUUCGGGUCAAAUUCCACACUGCUUUGGUAACAUGGCGCGAGACAGAACAGUGGAUAAGUCUGGAAAAUUUGAAGAACCAUUCAUUUCUUUAAAUCAAACAAUCAAGUCUUACAUGGAAAAGGUUCAGUUAGAAAGGGCCUAUCACUUGUUUUCCCAAGACGCUAGAUAUUUGCAGUUAGCUGAUGUGCCGAUUAGAGCAACAUUCAUAACAAAGAAAAAUUCUUAUUCUUACAAAGGUAUCAUCCUCAAUUACAUGUCAGGAAUUGAUCUCUCUUCUAAUAAAUUACAUGGUGAAAUUCCGGAUGGCCUUGGAAAUUUAAGUGAGAUCCGCGCACUUAACUUGUCCCACAACUAUCUUAUUGGAACAAUUCCAGAAACAUUCUCAAACUUAAGUCAGAUUGAGAGCUUAGAUCUCUCCUAUAACAACUUAACUGGGAGGAUACCCGCUGGUCUGAUCAAGUUAAAUGCUUUGGAAGUUUUCAGUGUGGCGCAUAACAAUUUAACAGGUGUGAUACCGGAGAGUAAUCAGUUUGGAACUUUUGAUGAAGGUAGCUAUCAGGGAAAUCCUUAUCUUUGUGGCCGUCCAUUACGUGACGACUGUACUAGCACUGAAUCAACACAUAUCUUGCCAUUUGCUGAUGAUGAAAGUGAGGAGCACGGUUUCAUGGACAUGGAGUUCUUCUACAUAAGCUUCGUUGUAACUUAUUUAAUUGUAGUGCUUUGCAUUGCUACAGUUAUAUCCAUAAAUCCUCACUGGAGAAAAGUAUGGUUUCAUUUCAUUGAGGUUUAUGUAAUCCAUUUUUGAGGCCACGUGUUCUAAACAAUAUAUAUUCCCAUUUUCCAAAUCAAGAUUUGAUAAUUCGAAAGUAAUGAAGCAGUGAAGCCAAAUAUAACAGCAUGGUACGAAGCCAAGAUGGUCGUGUGCAUGCAUAUUCAAUCAUAAAAGUAUGAAAUGAUUUUCAAUUAUCUGUACAUGUAUUAAUAGAUGGGAAUGUGAUUUGUUUCCCAGCUAAAUGUUUUUGUUUGAGAAAAA